GGACCGUGUCUUAUUCUCUCAGUGCUGAAGCGGUCCUGCCAGAGCUCUCGAACGGGCCUCGUUCAAUUCGUAUAUUUGUGUACAUUUUUGGGAGAAUUUAAAUCAUCUCAUCAAUCAUAAUGCUGAGCACGGUCAGCCGGCAACUCAGAAGCCACCCUGCCUUGAUCCCACUGUUAAUUUUCAUUGGCGGUGGAUGCGCCAUGUCUCUGACAUAUCUGGCUCGCCUGGCCUUGCGUAACCCAGAUGUCUGCUGGGACAAAAAGAACAACCCAGAGCCCUGGAAUAAAAUGGCGCCCACUGAUCAGUACAAGUUCUACGCAGUGAACAUGGACUACAGCAAGCUGAAGAAGGACCGUCCUGACUACUAAACAUGUCCAGUGCUGGACCAAAGGCUUAAAAACAAAAAUUUAAGAACAAGAAGUAGUACACUUUUCCUCAACGGCCCUUAUAUUAAUUUAUGCAAAGGGAUUAAAUUGCACAAAUGUUGUUUUUGCUUAUCUGGAUCCCUUUUUAACGUCAAUGAUGUUUCUUGUAUUUUCCUCCCAUUCUUUGUAGUCAGAAACGAUUAAUAAAGGGUUUUCUCUUA